AUGCCUAACGAGGAUUCCUACAGCAAGCCCUCGACUUCCUCCGACGGGCACUCUGGGCCCGGGGGCAAGGCCGGGGGCUUCGGCAAGGGCUCAGGUGCCAUGCUCGGAGUGGCUGGAGGCAGCGGCGGUAGUGGCGGCGGGGCUGGGAGCAGCGGCGGCGGCUCGGGCUCGGGUUCCGGCGGCUUAGGACCGUCGGGGGCGGCGGGGAAGAAGUCUCCGCGUCUGCCCAAGUGUGCACGCUGCAGGAACCAUGGCUACGCGUCCCCGCUGAAGGGGCACAAACGCUUCUGCAUGUGGCGCGACUGCCAGUGCAAGAAGUGCAAUCUGAUUGCAGAGAGGCAGCGGGUCAUGGCCGCUCAGGUGGCACUGAGAAGGCAGCAGGCCCAGGAGGAGGAGCUGGGGAUCAGCCACCCCAUUCCCCUGCCCAGUGCUGCAGAGCUGCUGGUGAAGAGAGAGAACAAUGGCAGCAGCUCAUGCCUGAUGUCCGAGAGCAGCAGCCCCACGCAGGCCCCCAGCACUCCUACUACAUCUUCAGGUUCCCCGAAUGAGGGUCGUAUGGUCAUUCAAGACAUCCCUUCGGUCACCAGCAGAGGGCACCUGGAGAACACAUCUGACCUGGUCUCCGAUUCCACCUAUUAUGGCAGUUUUUACCAGCCCUCUCUCUUUCCGUACUACAACAAUCUGUACAACUACCCCCAGUAUUCGAUGGCCUUGGCCGCUGAUUCCUCUUCUGGGGAAAUGGGGAGUACACUUGGGGGAUCCCCAGUGAAAAACAGCCUUCGGAGCCUACCAGCGACUUAUGUGUCUGGCCAGUCAGGAAACCAGUGGCAGAUGAAGAACACCGAGAAUCGUCACGGCAUGGGUUCCCAGUACAGGAUGCAUUCUUACUAUCCUGCUACUUCCUACCUGAGCCAGAGUGUGUCACAGAUCUUUGCUUUUGAAGACAGCCCUUCCUAUUCUGAGGCAAAAGCAAGUGUUUUCUCACCACCCAGCAGUCAAGAUUCUGGCUUGGUUUCCCUGUCCAGCAGCUCACCUAUUAGUAAUGAAAGCACAAAAGGUGUUUUGGAGUGUGAGUCUGCAUCGGAGCCUGGCACCUUCACAGUUAAUGCUGUCAUAGAAGAUGAUGAAUAA